AUAAAAAAAAUGAUAGGUAGAACGGUCUUCAGAUAAAAUUCUAUUAAUUGCACUUUUAAGACUUGAAACCUUUUGCAGCGCACCGGUCGCGUUGUGCUCCCCCAACCCUCUUUUUAUUUCUUCUACUUUCUUCUCUUCUCCAGGCCUCGUUGAGCACGAAAGAAUCGCCUUCCACAGCAUCCACAGCCAAUUCCACCACCCAGCCAUGGACAACAGCGACGCUCUCCACGUUGUCGUGCUCCCGUUCAUAAAAUUCAGCCACCUCAACCCCUUCCUCCACCUCUCGAAGCACCUCGCCGGACUCGGCCACCGCGUCUCCUUCCUCUCCAUCCCGGCCAACAUCCAGACCAUCGCCGCCGCCCCCUCCACCUUGUCCCCACUCAUCCACCUCGUGCCCCUAUGCAACCCGGCAGCCGGCGCCGACAGCGACAAUUUGGAUACCCUCCGAGACCCCUUCGCCAGCUUCCUUCAAAGCCUGUCUCCUCCUCCGGACUGGAUCCUCUUCGACUCCGGCUACUACUGGGUCCCCCGCAUCGCUGCAGGCCUCGGCGUGCGGUGCUGCUACGUGAACCUCGUCGGCGCGGCCGCCAACGUCUUCAUGUGGCCGUUCUUCGCUCUCGCGGCCGACGGCGAGGCCGCCCGGGUGACGGUCGAGCGGCUCACCGCGCCGCCCGACUGGAUCCCGUUCCCGACGUCGAUGAAGCUCCACCGCCACGAGGCCGGCCAACUCUCGAGCUUCUUUUUCCACCCGAGCAUGUCCGGCUUGACCAACGGCUUCCGCGUCGGGUCGGCGGUCCGAGGGUCCGACCUGGUCGCGGUGGAGAGCUGCACCGAGUUCGAGCCCGAAUGGAUCGCCGCCCUCCCAGAUCUCCUCGGGAAGCCGGUGCUCCCACUCGGCCAUUUCGCCGCCUGCGCCGCGGAUAAUAACUCCGAUGCCGGCGGCAGCAACUGCGACCAUGUCUUCGAGUGGCUCAACAGGAGGGAAGCCGGUACGGUGGUGUAUGCCGCCUUCGGAAGCGAGGCCGCAUUGACCAGAGAGCAGGUGCACGAGAUAGCCCGUGGGCUGCUGCUCUCGGGGCUGCCAUUUCUAUGGGCUCUCCGGAGCCCGCAAGGCGAGCCUGACGGGCUAUUGCCCGAGGGCUUUGAGGACCAAACCGCGGGCCGCGGGCUCGUAUGCAAGGGAUGGGUUCCCCAGAUCAAGAUACUGGGGCACCCAUCCAUCGGAGGGUUCCUGACCCACUGUGGCUGGAAUUCGCUGCUCGAGGCUUUCCAGUUUGGGAUCCCCUUCGUGCAACUCCCCUGGUUCCAUGAUCAAUGGUUUUACUCCAGACUUCUGGCGGAGAAGAAGGUCGGGAUGGAGGUUCCGAGGGACGAGGAGGAUGGCUCCUUCAACGGGGCGGACAUUGCAAAGGUCUUGAGGCUGGUCAUGGUGGACCAAGAAGGGGAGGAGAUCAGGGCUUCAGCUAGGGGGCUUCGUGCUGUGCUGGGGAACAAAGAGGUGCAUCAUCGGCAUGUGAGGAAUUUUGUCGAGUACCUCAAAGACAAUAGACGCGGGGCAAAGCCGCCAACCGAAGCCUGAUGAACAGUGUCGUGAAGAGAUUUGUGAAAGAAGCGUUCUUGGUGCUUAAAAUUCUUAUUAUUCAGAAUAAAGUAUUGUCUUAGUCCUUAAAUUUCUUAUUAUUCAGAAAUAAGUAUUGUCUUUC